UUCCAAGGGAUUUACAAAUAAACGAUAGCCACCCAUAACACCACUUCCAUGGCCACCAUACUCUCUCCCUCUUCCCUUCUCUCCUCCUCCGUUACCACCAAAAUCCCACCUUCCCCACCACCGUCUUCGCAGCCACAACUCAAAAUCUUAAACUAUCACAAACCCCUCAUUACUACCCUAACUGCUACCCUCGCCGCGGCCACCAUCCUCUCCGCGGGCCCCUCCCAUUCCAUCGCCGAAUCCUCCUACCAUAUUUACUACGGUACCGCCGCCAGCGCAGCCAAUUAUGGCGGUUACGGUGGAAAUUCGGAUCCCAAAUCCUCUGCCGAAUACGUCUACGACGUCCCCGACGGUUGGAAAGAGAGAUUGGUCUCCAAGGUAGAGAAGGGCACCAACGGCACCGACAGUGAGUUCUACAAUCCUAAAAAGAGAACGGAGAAGGAAUACCUGACAUUCCUCGCCGGAUUCCGGCAAUUGGCUCCGAAAGACUUGAUACUGAACAACCUUGCUCUCUCAGAUGUGGAUUUGCAGGACCUAAUCGCCGGCGCGGAGAAGUUGGAGUCCAAGGAAACCAAGGACGAGGCAGGGCAGUUGUAUUACGUUUACGAGAUUGAUGGGGUCGGCAAGCACAGCUUGAUUAAAGUGACUUGUGCGAAGAACAAGCUAUACGCUCAUUUCGUUAAUGCGCCGGCGGCGGAGUGGAGCCGCGACGAGGAGAGCUUGAGGCACAUUCAUGAUUCGUUCAAGACUGUCGGGGCCUUCUGAUUUUGAGUGAUUUGCUGAUAAAUGUUGAGGCAAGAGUGUUUGUAAUCAUUGAAGCUGAAAGAUGAUUGGAAUCAAUGACAGUGUUGUAUUAUUAUUAUUAUUAUCUUCAAUUCAGUGGAAAAACUUGAAAAAUAAUUGGUAAACUGAA